CCAUCUUCAUAACUAUCGUAGCCCAGGGGAGCUAGGCGGGCAAAAGAAUUUCGGAUAAUUCCACCCGUUUCGUUCAACGUGCAUUGCCCCAAUUCGUCACAACAUGAGUCAGUAUAUACAGGUUGCUGAGGAUGAAGGCGAUGAGCCAAUGGAAGUCCCAGUGGAGGAAGAUGGAACGCUGUUGUUGACAACUUUGGCUGCACAGUUCCCUGGGUCGUGCGGUUUGAAGUACCGUAACCCCGACAGCGGGAGUAUGAGGGGUAUUCGACUCUCCGAUGGUCGCCUAUACCCUCCGGAUUGUGAUUGGGGUCGCUAUGUGUUCAUUGCCGUAUUCCCGAAAGAAAACAAACGAAAGGUUGAGGAGCCAUGGGACAGCCUGCAACUGAAGACAAAGCGUGUGGAGAAGCAGCGAUGUAGCGACCUGAUUGUCCUGGGACUGCCUUGGAAGAGCACUGAGGAGGACCUUCGCAAAUACUUCUCACAGUUUGGUGACCUACUGAUGGUCCAGGUUAAAAAGGACCCAAAGACAGGUCAGUCCAAAGGGUUUGGUUUUGUGAGGUUCGCUGAAUACGAGGCGCAAGUGAAAUGUAUCUCUCAGAGACACAUGAUAGAUGGGCGCUGGUGUGAUGUCCGAAUACCGAACUCUAAGGUAGAUAUACAGAAUUGUUUUCUCCAGGAAGGAGCCCAGCUGAUGAUGAAUCGCAAAGUGUUCGUAGGGCGAUGCACGGAGGAUAUGACCGCCGACGACCUUCGACUCCACUUCAGCCGAUUUGGAGAAGUCGUUGACGUCUUCAUUCCAAAGCCCUUCCGAGCAUUUGCAUUUGUAACAUUUGCGGAUCCCGAAGUAGCCCAAAACCUGUGUGGGGAAGACCACAUCAUCAAGGGAGCCAGUGUUCAUAUCAGUGGAGCCGCGCCAAAGAACAACGAGAAACACACAGAUCGACGGACAGGGCUCAACCACACCCCCUUUGGAUUCAACCAGGCAUAUCCCCCGGGCACAUGGGGACAUGCUGGACGAGGGAACAGUCAAGGUCUCACCUCCCAGGGCAACAGCAUGGGAACCAACUUGUCCAACAAUCUAGGCUUGGGCAAUUUAGGGCUUGGUGCACUGCAGUUAAACCACGCCAUGCUUGCAGCAGCUCAGGCUGUUUUGAGUAGCCAAGGGGGGUGGGGUCCUCUUGGUCUAACUAACCAGGGGGGUAGCGCAAGUAGUGGGGACAACCCCACACCCAACCAUGCCAGUGCCAACAGUAGCUUUGGCACGGUAGGGAAUGGGACAACUAGUAGUGGGAGUGGUGGGGGUUUCCUGGGGUGGGGAGGGUCCCAAGGCAGUGAUGGCCCCUCCCACAGUCCAGGGCAUGUUGGUGGGUGGGGAGCCCAGACGAAGGCAGGGACAGGGUGGAACUGAAGUGAGUAUAGGGCAGGCUGUAGCAGGGAAAAUGUUCAUGUAGUAGAGUAUUCUGUAACAUAAUUAAGUCAGAUUGAGUUCUACAUGUGGGUCUUGGUUUGAAGAGACAGGAAAUAGUUGAAUUCACCAGAAACAGCAAUGAAAUGUAUGAUUUAUGGGAACCAGAAAACGCUUCUUUUAUUAUUGCUGAUUCAUUUGCGGUAAUACUUUUCAGUCUAGAUCCUUAAAGUUUCAAAGGAGUGUCUGCAACUUUAACUACUAGUCAGAAGCCUAAGCAUAGAAAGUUUUAUUUUGGCUGGUAACACUAACAUUUACUUCCCGACAUUUGCUGAGGAUCACACACCUUUGACUAAAGAUGAGUAUCUGGGUCCUCAGCAAAUAUUGAGUAGUAUACACUAAACUUAAUGCCAAAGACAUGUUUUGACUGGCAGACUCCAAUGUUUUUUUGUACAGACUGAAAAAAAACAUUAGACAUGAGGUGAAGGCAAAAUGAGGUCUUCCCACACAGAUUUAAUAAGUCUUUGAUUCUGUUACUGAAUAUUUUACGUCAGAUUAACUCCACUCUGUUACAUGUGAGCAUGCUAGGUAAUGUGUGGUGUGAAAGUUUGGCAUCAAGCACGGACAUCAUGCAUGAGUGGGACAUCAGAAAUCUCAAGUGCAAAGUUCUCAGUUGUAGAACGGACAUCAUGCAUGCGUGAGACAUUAGUAAAUCACCCAGUCCACCUCCAUUUAGUUAACGGCUUCUUGCCCAGUGCCACUGUCAUACUUGGUAUGUUGAUGCACAAGACGACAAGCUUGUCGUAGUGCGAAGGGUUUUACUUGUGAGUAUUUGAUAAGUGCUAACAUUCAUGUUUUAGUUCAAAUUUAAAUUUUUUGUGCACUUUUCAACAACAUAACCACUGUUUGCCCAUAGUUAUUUACAAAAUGUUUUUGACAAGGUAAAGAUUGUUGUUUUAAAUUAGAUUUCUGUAGAUUAUUGUUGAUGUAUGCAUUAUGCAUCUUUGCCAAACUAUAGGGAAGAGAGUUAAAGAUUGUUGAAAUUGUAACCUGCUUCCACUUCAUGUUCAAGUCAUGACACAGCUUAAAUAGAACAAAUUGAAAUCAUUAAGGUUUAUACAAAUUUGAUAAAAUUUGAAAUGAUCAUGACAUGUUGAAGUGGGCAGCAGAUUUCAUUAGGGGUGAGAUGAUACAACUGUGUACCGUUGCAUUGUGAGUUUUCAUGCGUCGAUACGAUACACGAUACAUUUUUUAACUAUAUCGAUACAAGUCGUAUACACUUGCUAAACUAAAUCACUUUCUUGUAGUUAAAUAACACCCACCCAAUCCACCCCGAGAGCUUUUGUCAGUCAAAUAUUGCAAUUAAUUAAUUAAUUAGCCGUUCAAGUUCAUCUCUAAAAUUAUUAUGUGUCUACAGCAAGCUUUACAUUUUGAACAUGUUCUGAAAUAUUUAAAGUCAAGAAGAUACCAUGAGAUUUGAAGUUAAUGUGUAUAUUGCGAUACAUAACAUAUUGUGUAUCCUGAUAUGUAUCGUAUCGUGACCUUCCUGUAUCGUUUCACCCCUAGUUUUUUUCAUAGCUCACUAUUACCUUCCUGUGUAGUGCUAGCCAGAAUGUGUUGAGAAAUAGUUACUGAAAUUGUUAGCUCCUUGCUCUGUAUUUGACACUCUAUGAACCAUUCGCAACACUACAGCAUGUGUAAAUGGGAGUUUUGAAUGAUGUCAUUUCAAGAGAACAAAGUGUUGAUUUGCCAGAACUGCAUUGACUACCGGUACUUCAUGUAUACAUCUUAGCAAUUUUGAUGAUGCAAAGAAUUGGUGAAAUGUUUGAGGUGUUUUGAUAUUCUGAUAUUGUUUUGGACCUGGUAUGAGUGAACCCACUCCCUCAAACAAAUGUGAAUAUUAUAGCCAAAAUGUGGAAGAAUUUUAAGAAUUCUAUUUUUGAAAUCAUGAAUGUAAAUUGCAUGAAAGUCACUUUUAAUUGUGCAUACUUAUCAAAUUUGACAGUGCACUUCGUACAUCAUGCUCCUCAAUAUUUUAUUAAGUUUGAUAAUGAGAGCAGUGUUUUAGCAGUGAGUGGAUUUGAGACAGUGUUUGGUGAUAAUUUGUGUAAACAUUUUGGUAUUUGAGGCAGCAAGGUCUUGGCUUCUCUUGAGUGAUUGGUCCAGUAGGAUUUCGGUGCUUGUGUGACCUGAGGCUAGCCACAUGCUUGCAUAUAUGCGUUCAUAACAUUUUUAUAUGAAUUUAACCAAAACAGAUGACCAAGUGUUGUUUGGAUUGAAUUGUAAUGCGUUUUUUGAGAGUGUUCUACAAUGUUAAAGAGUGGGGGUGCUUUUUCGUUACCAUGGUUACUGUUUAAUUUGCAGGUCUCUGAGUGUAUUAUGUGUUUUCAACUGGUUUGAAAAUGAAGCACCCCAACAAUUUAUUAUUAUUAAUACCAUAUUUUUUUAUUUUAUAAACUACAUCUACCAACCUUUCACAGUAGCACAGCCCUGAGUGCAUAAUAAUUGUGUAGUAGUCUCAUUUUAAACAUUGUCUGGUUGGAGGGUGGCGUAUGAGUGAUCAAUUGUUUCACAGCUUCCUUAUCAAUUCAGCUGAAGACAUUUCAGAAAUAGUACCAUACACGACAAGUGUCAUUAAAAUCUAUGUGGUCAAUGAUAUAUUUGGAAUCCUAUUGUUUAGUCAGUUAAUAAUAACUGUCUCAAUUCAUGUCCAAUUGAUAAUAUGUCAUGAACUAUCAUGAAUCUUGUUGAAAGGGAAGUUGUGAAAUAAUUCAUGUCCUCAAUAGUAUCAUGGUUACCAAGUCUUCAGCCAAGUUUGUUUUUUCAUUGUGUAGGUAUCUUGAUGAAGGUUUAGAAAUUAAUCCUAGCCUUCUAAUCUAGCCAGUAAAAUGUUCAAAGGGCUAACAGAUCCUGCUGGCUAGUUAUUAGUGGUGGGACGAUACACUGAUGCAUCGGUGGAUCGCGAUAUUUAACUUCGUGCUACAGGUAUCGAUCACAGUUGCACACUAAGUAAACAAUAUCGAUACAUACCUUAAAUGUUUACUUAUAUGGCUGUUACACCAAACACUAAUUAGUAGUGAAAAAGUAAAUAUUUUCAUCCAUUACACCAUACUUGACACUGACAACUGUAAAUCGUCAGUGUGCCAGAUAUUUGACUACCCUGUCUAUGAAAAAUAUGGCUUACGCACAGAAGACAAGAGCACAUGGAAGUAUCGCGAUACGAAUCGGAUGGUGUACAAGGUAUCGUGAUACGUAUCGGUUCUCACAGUUGGUGUACCGUCCCAGCCCUGCUAGUUAUAUCUAUAUUUUACUUUAUCGGUGACUAAAUUUGAGCUGCUUGCCUCAAGUCAUCACAUGUAGUAAUUUGUGAAACUGAGCGAGUACUUGUCACAAGAAAGAUAAGCAAGCUUCUAAACCAAAAGAUAUAGUAAGCGUUAGUCCAUGUUGGUCAGGGCUUGUUUUUGUAUAUUUGGUUUUCAAUCUAAAGGUACUGAAUAGAAUGAAAAGCAAUUAUGAGUAAUUGGUUAAGCCUCAUCACACUGAAGGACCAGUUUGUAGAAGAUGUGGAAGCCCAUAUGCCCCUCCACAGUGACAUAGUGUGAUGUGGCGUAAAACAAUACUCAUACAAUAGGAUGCCCUGGAUUUAAUAUGAAACGAAUUGUGUGGAAUAUUAAGACACAGAUGAAGGACGACUUGGCUGAAUGUUUGUUGACAUAUAAGUGUGGUGUGUGUGAUCGUCCUGUUUCCUAGGUGAUCGUAUGUUAACUUGGAGUACUUCAGUCUGCAUCAUAUAUAUCAGGAACAUGGUGAAUGAGAAAGUUGUUACAGUAUUGUAUUGCAUUUGAGAACAAACUGAAGCCAAUGUGGAAGUUGAAAUAUAACCUCUGAUUGUUCGUAUUUAAGAGUUGAGCUGUUCGGAAUUAUGAAAUUUUAUCCACACACCACUCUUAGCGUGUGUGUUAAGUUUGUGAGAUGGUGAGAUGGUAUGUCAUCCUCAUUUAGAGCAGGUGCACAACACAACUGGGCCCUGGUUGAGGAUAAUAGAUGACUAUUUUAAUACUGCUGGGGAAAGGCUGUUCACCUCUAUAUUGAAACAACUGCCAGUAUUUGCUGUCGAUUGUGGUUUAAAAAUGUGUGGAUGGUGUUUUGGAUAUCUCAGCAGGAUUUUCUCUUUUUCUAUUUAUAUUUUAGCAUGCAUGAAUUCUCAUAAAUGUACGUACUUGUUAUUUAUUGUAUAUAGUUGUUGAUGUGGUUCCCACUGUUAUGUGUUACUGAUGUGUGUGGUUAUGAAUAAGACACUCACAAACAUGGGAGAAAGGUGACUCCAUCAAUUGGUACUCUCAAAGGCUGGCUUGUUUGAUGAGGCAGUACGUUUCCAUAACAACCAGAGUAUUGUUCCCAUGGCAACCAUAGUGUUCCAUGGAAACAGUAGUAAUACAUACAACCCUGUUGGAAAUAUUAAGUCAGAAGACCAAUCAUCUUUCAGCUCGUCAUUUGGUCACAUAUGCUGAUAUAUGUGCAUGUAAGAUAUGGACUAGAAUAUUUGAUAAAAAUCAGUUCAAAUUUCAUCUUUCUCCUUGAAUUAUUUUUCUUUCAUUUUAUGAUUAUCUUCAAAAAAAUUAUUCUUCCCGUUGUUAAAUUUGCACAAUAUUUUGAGAUAGAGGCAAUUUUACACCAAAUGACUAUCAAAUAUCUUGUUACAGAAACUGUUGCUUUUGUGUGUCUUUAAUUUUACAAUUUAAGGCCAUUUUAACAGAUUUUUUAGAACCAAAAGAUUGCAUCCUGUCUUAAAAUGUUUCACUGAAUUGUUAUUUGCAUUAAGGUUGGGAUUUGCUGAGGUAUGAAAUGUAUCACUUCAAUGACUUAAGGCAACCUUUGAAGUACCACUGUCUGUUGAAUCAUUGCACUUUAGCCUACAUUACAUAUUUAUUGCUGCUGAUUUUACGGUGUACCAUGUAGAGUGAGGUCUGGGUGUGCAGUAGUGAACUGUUGGUGUAUAUCGUAUGUUGGGAAUGAGAGGAAAGCUAGACCCACACUUCAUGAUGGCUUCAAAUUGGUACACUGGUUUCGUAACUUCAAAAUCUCUUCAAAUUGGUACACUGGUUUCGUAACUUCAAAAUCUCUUCAAAUUGGUACACUGGUUUUGUAACUUCAAAAUCUCUUCAAAUUGGAACACUGGUUUCGUAACUUCAAAAUCUCUUCAAAUUGGAACACUGGUUUCGUAACUUCAAAAUCUCUUCAAAUUGGAACACUGGUUUCGUAACUUCAAAAUCUCCUCAAAAUCAAAGCAUUAUUUUCUUAUUUUCUAUGAAACCCUGUUGCCUUGAGGCGAUAUAAAGUUUUAAGAUAAUUAUGUUUGAUGUUUGACACUUCUACGAAACUUUCAUGAAUGCACAGGUUUCAUUCCCAAUUUGAAAAAUGGAAAGAAGGAAUCCCAAAGUCGCCAACACGGUCUAUGACUUGAUUUUUCUGGUUCUGGCUCAAUGACUGUAUAGGCUGUGAUGUAACUGUAAUGAUUGAUUGUGGAUAAGCAACUUUUAAUCUCUCAGUCAGUGUUUUGGAGGAAGUAGUCGUAUAUCGACGCAGCUAGAAAUUACGAUUUUGCAAGGAUUCUUCAUGGAUCAUGUACCAAUUUGUCAAGACAACUGAAAUCUGGAUCUUCUUUUCCCUGCUUAAGUCCCCCUAUUAAGUUUCACUUAGGACAACAUGCUCAAAGCAACUUUUUUUGUGAUUUGAGACCGAAUAAAUUAUCUCUGAUAUCGCCUUUUGCUGUGGUUGUUCUGGGUAGAGUUACCUCCCUUGUAUCUGGUGCACAAACCCGGUGAGCGUGUGUGUGUUGCCUUAUUUGCAAAAAUGGAUCUUGCUGUGAUCAUUUAAAGCUCAUCAGAGGUUCUGCUAGAACGCCAAGCAUAUGUUAUGGCACAGUGGUUGCUACAGUUGUAAUUUGUUUCAUGUUUUGGUAGAGUUAGUAAAGAGUAUGUUAUGAGAUCUAAUGAUAUGGUGCCAUUGCUAUACAUCAUUAAUAUCUCUGUUCACUAUGUUAGUGGAUUCAGAAAUGUUCAAGCUUACAUUACUCUUUGUGAACCAGAUUUGCUUUAAUCUCUGUCAUUUCUAAAGAAAGUCUGUAUCAAGUUUCUCAUGAACUUUGUAGAAAAUCUGCCUAAAUCUGUUGUUUUUUAUAACUUUAUUUAUUGUUUGUGCAUGUAUGGCAUGAUGCCAGUUGUUAGAAAUUCAAAUCCAUUUAUGCCAUGAAAAUACCAAAUGUAAACCAGAAAACUUGUCUUUAUGGGAGCAUGUUGUCCUUGGUGGUGUUUGGGGGAAGGAGUACAUGGGAAGGGAGAGAACUCUGUUGCCUCCUUGUGCAGUAAAUGUGUUCCGUUCCUUGAAUCUCUUGUAGCGCUGUCAUUAGAUAGUCAUGAAUCUGUCUUCACAGAAUACCAUGUCUGCUAUCAUGAUCAAGGUUCCAUGGUUGCUUUCUGUUUCAUCCUUUUUCAGUUACCGUGGGAGAAUUGACUAAUUGUGCAAAAAUGUCAACAAACGAUGUUUAAUCUGUAACCUGGUAACAUUUUGACAAUAAGAAGGAAAGUAUUUUCAAAAAUUAUACGUGUUACAUUUCACCAUUUUGGAGCUCAGUUUCACCUUUUUCAUGAAGGGACAUUAAUCUUGGUUGAAAUUUAUGAAAGUGGACAUUAGUUUUUGGAGGAUGUGAGUUAUCUACUCCUGUUUGCCACGAAAUGCAACAGGAUUCUUGUAGUGAGUUUCCCUUGUCGUGCCACCGUGUGCCAUCUCAUGCGGUUUAACGGUCUUCAGAAAACGUGCCAUCUAGUACGAGGGUCGGUGUCAGCCUGCUUUGUGCGAGGCCCUGCACCACAAAUGUCAGAAUGGACAGUGGUAGCCAUGUUUGGUUGUAGUCCCUGUAGUCACAGUGUAAGUCCCCUGUAGCUGUCUUCCAAUACCACCAACAAAUUAGACCAGAAUUGUCUACUUUGGCUUUGAUGACUUUCGAGUAACGUGUGAACUAAUAUUUCUGACCAGUUCUCUCAAUGGCUUGAUUCCCUGACUUUGCAAUUAACGUCAUCUGUUUCAAUGGAAACAGAUAAGGAAACUGUUUCAUUUCCUGCAUAUUCACAUUGUCUCAAUUAUUUGUCUCAGAAGUAAUCACUGCAAGCUGCAAAAGUGGUUAUGGUUGUGUUAACAAGUGAGUCAUUACCCCUUUUGAAAACCAAAUGUAAUCUAAGAGGAUUUGAUAUUUUGGACCCUUAACUUUUAAAAAUGCUGGAUCUGCCCUUGCCUUUUGUCAAGGGCUUAAACCCAGACUAAUUCUGAUAAUGGUCCUUUGGUUGUUAGUACCAUUCUUAAGCUUGUGGGUUUCACAAAAGUGGUAAAGAACUACUACCAGAGUGACCAGUGGAUGCAUCAAAGUUGAUACAUUAUGAUGUGACUGAUAUCCUAUUCAAGGCAGUAUUUACAAAGGUUUGACCCCUACUCACUAUGACUGGAAUCCAGUUACUUCCCUUGGAUCACUAUUCUAGUUAUUGCAAAUGUUGGUGAUGCAAGUCUUUGAGGGGUUCUCGUGUUAGUAUAACCAAGGAUUUGCUGUCAGAUGAAAUGGCAUGAGAGUAAUGCUACCCUGAUAUUCUCUUCUCUUUAUGUUUGACCAUACACCAUAGUACUGUGUUUGUGUGAAAAGGAAGGAGAGACAGGUAGAAGACUAUUCACCUAUAAUAUUGAUGUUAUUUGUAAAUUCAGUGCCUAUCUAUUUUCUUGAGAUGAAGUGAUGGUUUAGUAUGUUUGUUUCAUGUAGAUCGUGUUACUCUGCAGAACCUAAGGGAACUUGAGUGUUACUUUCUAGGGGUGUAACGAUUCAUCAAGGCAGGACACUAAUACAAGAAAGAAAACAUGUUAGCUCGUUUCUUUGACAAACAGUUGUGUUCUUACAUAAAUCAGAACUAGAGCUUUUUGUUUUCACUUUUCGCUAUCAAUACCAUCUAUUAACCAGGACGUAUUAGUCUGUUUAAAUGUUCAUGUCUAGUUUAAAUAUCUAUUUGAAAAUAUUGUUUCCAUCAACGUUAUGUUAAUUUGAAUUUUGAAAAAAAUAUUGUUGGAAAAUGUACCAAUGUUUUAUGAGAAUGGUGUGUUGACAAGGUCUUGUUACACCCCUACUAUUUUCUACAACCAGUUAUCUGGCUUUGAGAGCCCUGUGCUCCUCCAGGGAACACACCAGUUCACACAGUUUCUGGUAAAUCAUAUUGAAAUAACUCAUUCCUUAAGAAAUGAAUUUUGCUCAAACAUGAAUGAAUGGGAAAUAUAAAAAUUUCAUAUUGAAAUAAUUUCUAUGAAAAUAAAGAAUACUUUUUAUGUAGAUUUUUUUCUCUUCAAAUAUGCAAUAUCCAAAAUGGCUUGAAUGCAAGAGUUUGUUGUCCACAGUUAUGGUAUGUUUGAAGUAAUUGAGAUUUGAUCGCCUUGGUUACAUUAAACAGAAUUACCUCUUUUUAUGAAAAAUUCCAUUAUGUAUGAUUGAUCUGUUUAGUUUGGUAUGAGUUGAUAUAUGAAAUCACCUGUUAUCAUUCGGCUUAGCUUUAAUAUAUUUAUUAUGUGGUAUUAAGUAUGUCAAAUCAUGCAAUCAGCAUUAUCAAUGAGAAUUUUUCACUUCCAAAUUAACCAAAUUCGUGUUUACAAGAUGGCUAUUAAUCCCAAAUUUUUUGAACAUUUGUACAGUAAUAACAGUCAUGUUUGUCAAAAAGGAAUGUAUGACAGUAUAACUUAACAAUUAUUGAAGUAUUUUGCCGAAAAUGCUUUAGAAUUAAGUACCAGUUGAUGACACUUGGUGGUGUACAAACAUGCUACAUGUUAUCACACAUAUCAUAGUGUUGCCAGUUUCAGUCAUUUGGAUAUUGCAGGUAUUACCAAAAGUACACAUUUACGUUCCUGGGUUUCUAGUUCCGAUCUUCCAUUUCACUCUCACGUCUUAGUUUCUCACAGUACUUAAUUGAUGCAUUAUGUUUUUUUGGUUGUUUUUCAAGCAUAUUAAUAACACAGUUCUGUUUAACAAACUAAAUCCAAGAAAUUCUUUGAACCCCAUUUCUAAUAUUAACAAAGUUUUGUAAUUACAAGGAGAAUUGAUCAAGGUGUUGCAUAGCAAUAGGCUCAACUGAUACGCUUGUAACCAUAUCAUGAUAUUCUGUUCACGAUACACUGUUUCUAGUAAAUUUGAGUUCCGUAUUUAUUCAAAAAGCCACUUUUUGAUAUCCAAUGGUAUUUAGAGGCCACACUUAGACAUUGAUCGGUCUGAAUAAAAGAUGUCAUAUAAUAGGAAAAUGUGAAUCCGGGCCUCAUUCCCCAAAUCGAUCUUAGUGUUUUUACUGUUUUUCAUUCUGGACUAGUAACAUCAACUUAUACGAUUCCAUAUACUGUGACUAAAAUAUACUAAAAAGGAGCCAAAAUUGUAUUAACAGUUAGGCAAGUAGACUCAAACGUUUUUUGUAAAGACUAAAAUUUAUAAAAUGAUUUGGAUUGAAAUAGAAUGAAGUAUAUCGUGAAUGGGAUCGUUCAGCUUAUCAUCACAGUUCACUAGAGAGUCUGUACCAGGAACUCCCAAAAUAAGUCGAGAUUUAUGGACUGACAGCAUGGAUGAUGUAAUAAAAAAAAAAAAUUGGCAUCUCAUGUUUGCAUUUUUUAUCCUCAAAUUUCGUAUUUGAUGAACUUGGAUUUAGUUUGAGACAGAUUGGUCACAAUGUGACAGUUAAUUUUGGGUUGGUUGCUUGUACAUGUACUUCUGUUCAUCGAGGGGUACUUGAAUGGCUACCAGAGAUUCAGAACAUAAAGAUUGGCAUAUUUGUGGAAGGAAAUGAAUGUCUUUGUCAUAAUUCUGUUUAGAAUAUGAUCUAAAUUUAAAUUCAUGAAGUUUGAUUUAAUUUUGAAACAUAUUGAACAAUUCGAGUUGGCUGGUUCAUGCUGUGGCCUCAUUGGUCAUUUACAAUGUGCUUGUCUUCAUGUUCUGUGUGUCAGGUGAACACGCUGUAAGAUCCUAGAGCCAAGAUAACUAGCAACUCUAUGUAAAACACUGUCUUAGUCUCGAAGUCAACCACUCAGUUUCUCAGGAAGUUCUCUGCAGAAACUGGUUGCAGUGUCAGAGAGAUGGUCAUCAGGGGGGAUAAUCCAAAACAAUUUUUUAGAAUUGAUCACUAAAAAAAUGCAUUGCAAAUUAUUUGUAACUAGUUUUCAUAAGAUCUGAAACAUGAAAAUGAAAUCAAUAAGGCUAAAGUGAUGCUUGUGUAGUGUUUGAUACAUGGAAUUGAUUGGAAUAUGGAGGGAAAUCGGUAAUGUUGCCCGUAUCCCCCAUUUCUGUGACACUGCACAGUUGUUCUGUAACAUCUUGUUAUCUAUUUUUGAUACAUUGUUGUGACUUUGUGUGAGGAGGUGACGUUAACCCUGCAAGUUCUCAUCUUAAUUACUGUAAUAUAUUUUAAGCUAAUUAGGACAGCCUGUUUUAAUCACCACAACUGAACAAGCUCAGGACAAUGUCUCAGCUGCUUCCAUAACAUUUCAUUGUACUAAAUUAGUUGAUGAAUUACAUCUUUUUGUGAAGAUGCAAAAAUUAUCAGUAUCUCAGUCAAGUAUUCUGCUGGCAGAAUUUGCAAUUUCAUAAUCAGGACAUUUCUUAUUUUAGGUUGCCUUUUAAAAAAAAUGGAUAUUAGAACAUUAAGAUGUUCCAGUGAUAUGUUUUGUGUACUACUUUCCACAAGAAUAACUCAGAUAGGAAAAAGCUCAAGUAUUUUUAUACGUUCUACCUCAAAAGGAUUUUUAAAAGUUAGAUUAUAGUGUGCAAUAAAGGAUGAUUUUGUGCAUAAGAUUUUUAGAUGGUUGCCAUUGAUCGUCAUGCCAAAACCAGAAGGCCAGUAGACUUGAUUUCUGUAUUGCACAAUCAGCUUGAGCUUGAAACUACAGUAUCACAGGUUGUAAACUUAUCUGUCACAAAAUUAUGAAAGCUGCAGAUAUACCUGAAAAAAUGUUGCAUUUGAAAGUAAAUUAUCAGUUUGAUGGAACAUCUAGAUUUAGAUUGAUUUCAGAAAGAUUAUGGUUUUGUUGAAGCCUUAUGAUUGGAAAAAUCACAUGCUACAACAAAGUUGAUAAAAAUGAGAACUGAGGGCUGACGUGGUGCCCUUUGUUAGGGUGCUUUCCAAUAUUUUUUCCUUUUGAAAAAAAAUAGAUGUUAAUACAGUCACUUUUAAAUAGCAGUUGUACCCAUGCAAUGUCAGAUGAUUCUAUAACUUUUUUUAAAUGGUUUAUGAUUCUAUCCAUGUCUUCAAUGGUGAGAGAAAGUAACCCUGAAAAAAAAGAAAAAAAGUCUUGCAUACGGUAGAGGUUGAACUACAGGACCAAUAAUAAGCUUACUCUGCUCUCAUGGCAGCAUGUUGAGGUCAUUUUUUAAAAACGUAAUAACAUUUCUGAAAUGUUUGUUUUUUUUCAAAAGUAUUUUCAUUACCGAUCAGUUUUUCAUAAAGUCUGUAAACCAAGACAAAAAAAUAGUCUGGCUGAAGUUAAAAUUGCUUGCUUCCAGUGAAGCUUGUUGAGAUAUUAUGUCACUGUAGCACCUGUUUCAGUGUCCGGUAUUGUUCACUGUGGUGGUGACGCGGGCUGUCCUACAACCAGCUGUGUAAUUGAAAUCCAACUCUGACUUUGAAGUGUGAGUGUAAGCGACAAUGUGUUGUUUUCGUGUUAUCGGUGUGUAACGUAGACAGCAGCUGACCGCCGGCUGGUGGUGAACGUACGUACGUGCAGCAGUUAUACUACUUACCCAAUAAAACUUGGCUUUAUGCUAAAACUGG